GGCACGGUGCUGUUUCUCCAGUCUCUUUCCCCUGUCUUUGUCUCACACACUCUUUUGUUAGCCAUGCCGAGCCUGCUGGUUCUAGCAGGGAUCAUGGAGAAAAAUGGGGGCUACGGCGGGGAUCUGGCCGGCUCCGGCUUCGGCAGCGAAGGUCUCCUGGUGCCGCCCGACGAGGAGGAGGACGACUCCCGUGCCCUCAGGGUCGCGUUGGGCCAGCUGUCUCUGCUGGGUCUGGGGGAAGGCGAGGACGGCGGCGGAGCCCCGAGCACUGGAGUACAGGACCGGAGCAACAACAACAACAACCACAGCAACAACGUCGGCGGGGACGCAGCCGUCCUGCAGGGCAAGAGCAAGUUGUGCUCGCUGUACGAGAGCUCCUCAAGUGAGACGAAGGGACGCGGCUGCAACAUCACUGAAUGCGUCCCGGUGCCCAGCUCCGAACAUGUGGCCGAAAUAGUGGGCAGACAAGGUUGCAAGAUCAAAGCCUUGAGGGCCAAGACCAACACCUACAUCAAGACCCCCGUCCGAGGCGAGGAGCCGGUGUUCUUGAUCACCGGCCGGAAGGAGGACGUCGCACUGGCUCGCCGUGAGAUCAUCUCUGCUGCAGAGCACUUCUCCAUGCUCCGGGCUUCGCGCAACAAGCUGGGAGUGUCCUUCAGCGGCUCGCCGCCCACGCCCCUGCCGGGCCAGACCACCAUUCAGGUGAGAGUGCCAUACCGUGUGGUUGGGCUGGUGGUGGGGCCCAAAGGAUCCACCAUCAAGCGCAUCCAGCAGCAAACCUGCACCUACAUCGUCACCCCCAGUCGAGACCGAGACCCUGUCUUUGAAAUCACCGGCUCGCCCAGCAAUGCGGAGCGAGCCAGAGAGGAGAUAGAAGCACAUAUCGCCUUCCGAACAGGAGGUCUCCACGACCACAAUAACGAGAACGACUGCAUGGGGCCUAACGGUGGAAGUAGCCCAGGGGGCAGCAGCAGCGGCGGCGGCCUGGAGAGCCGGCUCCAGCAGGUGUGGGGCUUGCAGGGGGGCCAGCGCAAGCCUCUCACUAGCAGCUAUCGCCAGAACUUCUCAGAUGCCAUAGUGGGUGGAGGAGGAGGAGGAGGAGGAGGGGGAGGCAGCGAGGGAGGGGGGAUGUACAACAAGAGCAACUUCUCCAGCUCUGGAGAAAAGCCCUGCUCUUAUUUUGGAUCCGAGGGCACCCAGAGCUGGGGUGACCCCGACUACCCCAAACAGGUGGCCUUCUACGCCCAGCAGCGUUCCAAGAGUUUUGGAGGUCUCCCUCUCCCCCUGACCAGACUCUCUCCGGGCUUAUCUGAUUCUUGCGGAGGAAGCACCAACAACUCUUCAGUCACCAGCAUUGUGCCAGUCGCGGGCUCACCUCACGCCCAGGCCCGCCGUGCGCACAGCGAGCCCACCUCCGCCGGCGAGGGCUUCCCGGGCCGGCUGCCGGUGCCGGACUCGCCGCCGGCCACCGUGCGGGACUGCAUGACCUGCUUCGAGAGCAAAGUGACGGCUGCCUUGGUGCCCUGUGGCCAUAACCUCUUCUGCAUGGAGUGUGCCAUCCGAAUCUGUGAGCUCAACCACCCAGAGUGCCCCGUGUGCCACACCCAGGUCACACAGGCCAUCCGAAUAUUCUCUUAAGGAACCACAUCAGUUUUUAUCAUCAGUUUUUGUCAGUGUUUGUUCAAUGAUUAUUUACUGUUAUUAUAAUUAUUAUUACAAUACACGUUUUUGUUUUUUCAGAAAAAAAAAUUAAAACGAUCAAGCAGAUAUUUUAGAAGGCACUGCUUGCUUUACUAAAAAGUAUAAGAAAUAUUUUUAAGUUUUUCUUUUAUAUAUAUCUAUAUAUAUAUGCAUAUAUAUUUUCUAAAAGUUUUGUUUAUAAGAGAAGUAUAGUACUUUUCCGUUUUUUGACUGCUGCUGUUUUUCAUGAAUGAAUCACAGCCAGGGCAGAGUUAGACAGUAAUGUGAACAUUUUAUUAUGGAAAUUUUUUAUUUUGCCAUGAAGUGGGUUUAUAGGGAAGGAACAUGAUUGUUGAAGUACCCGGACUGCACCUGACUAACCUGGAGGGUCGACAAAAAGAUGAAUAUCCAUUGCACCGCACCAAACAAUCAUCAAAAACGGGAUUGUCAAUCAGACGUUGUCAUUUUGGAUCUAAAGGUGAACCUUGUUCACGUGAACUGUGAUUGUGAAGUAGAUAUUAUAAUAUUGGUUCUAGGCUUGCAAUCUAUAUUAGAAAACAAAGACAGCCAUUUAUUUUAUUCUUUAUAUCUUUAUAUUCUUGUAAUCCAGAUGAAUAAGAGGACAUUGUUUAUAUAUCGUAAUUGGGCGUGUUUUAUCAGCAGUGUCAUUGAUGGAAGACGCUGCUGCACACAGCUGCAGUUUCUUGAAAAGACUGAGCCCGGUCUUCGUGGCGCUCGCGGUCACCUGGUUAUUCCACCCAGUUUGCUGCUUCACGACACGUGUCUCCGUAGUAGUUUCAAAGCCUCCUUAAACUGUGCUUUAUUGUGUGGCCACUGUGCGAGGCGGGACAGAAACGCUUGGGUUGUAAACAAGGAGGAGAAACCAACUCCCCUGAAUCAGCUGGAAAAAAAACAAAAUUCCCAAAUCCGUCUUCAGUACAAAGAGCGAGGCCUGCUGUUGUUUCUCUCAUUAGCAAAGGGGGCCAGGUGUUUCAUGACCCACCCUGGCUGUGACCCAGAGCUGGGGGUCUGCUCCAGCUCUCUUUUCGGCCCCUAUUCUUCAGGAGUGCCUUUUAUGCACCCCUACCCCUGCGUACAGUUGGAUGGCAGGCCUCUCUGAGAGGGGCGUAUUGUCUGAGUCUGGUGGUGGCGUGGGCUGCGGAGUGCUUGGACACGGCCUGGAUCUGCUCUUUGAUAAUUAGGCAAAUGGGCUGGUCCAGGUGCGGACCGUGUGGGGCUGCACGAGGGAAAAGACGGGGGUCCCGCAGCGAGCAGCUAACCGUCUCAGCUCACAGUUGCAGGCGAAGAGGGGGCUGAAUGCAGCACGGCGAGCACAAUCCCUCUAUUUUCCACUCCAUUUUGCCCCUGCUCUCCCCCUUUCUUUCUUUUGGGAAGCCUCCCUAUCCUUACGUAGGAAGGCUGAGGGGGGAUGUCCGAAAAUCAUGCAAAAUUCUGAAAGAUGAAUUUGACUAAAAUACGCCGCCAAAAACCAACCGACUUGUCCAGUCGCGUAAAUCCUCUCCAAAUUCACAUCCAGACCGGUGGAAGUGACACUGUCUAAAAAGCCCCCACCUCUCGCUGGCUCACUACUGUACGGGACACUCUGCAGCUGCCCUUCACUAUGGACACCAUAGACAACCCCCCCCUCACCCUCCCACUCUAUUGGAGCUCCCAAAAUGAAAUCUGACAAUUGUAAUUGACAGGAAAGCAGAGGAAACGCCCCAUUUAACCAGCACUCAUGCUGAAUCAAAUUACACACCCUCUGCGUCUGUCGAGGCCCCAGCCCGGGGAUUUCAGAGGGCUCCAAGAGAACGGAUGGGGAUUAAAGCUGUUGAAUGAUAGAGGGGGGUGGGGACGGGGUAGGAGGGGUUCAUUCUGUCUGGAGAAAGAGAGGCUUGCACUCCAGUAGAAAAGAAAAUCACAAAUUUCAAUGAUCCUGAAACAAGUUUUGAGUUCCUGUCAUGAUGGUCAUGAGCAGCCUCUCGUCUUUGUAUUGGAGACUGGGAAAAAAACGACUCAAGAACAAAAGCACUACCCCAAAUUUCUAAUACAUACAAAUAAAAUUGAAUACUCUUGCACAGUGAUUUGUCCAGCAGUAACGCAUCAUUUUUUUAAAAGGAAGUUUUUUUUUUUUUUUACUUUUUUGCCUUAAUUUAAUGUUAUAUUUAAUGCCACUUCUCUGGCAAACAAGGUAGCAUUGUUGGCCUUUUGAAUUGUACCAACCCCCUAAAAUAUCUACUUUUCAAGCCCUUCUUUUUUUUAAAGGAAAGAAUGUGAAACUACUUGGGUGGGAAAAACAAGGGAUUCAGGAAAUUAGGCUCUUAAACACUUCAAAAUGAAGAGUAAAGCACCUUAUUGCAACCAUGCCCCUUUGAUAGAAACCAAACCGACCACUGAUGGUGAAAUUUCAAGUCAUGCACAUAAGGAUUCCCUCUCAUUUUUUGUUUUCAUUUGCAUUCUGGUGGUUGUUGUGAUGAUGGAAAUAGUAAUUUGGGAGACCUCUCGUCCUUUUUUAGUCAUCGCUGGUGACCUGAUGGGAGUUUUGCACUGGUCCAGUGAAGAGAGGAAUAUUGUUUAGAUGCUGUAUAAGUUAUGAGUAUUGUACUUUAUGAGAAAGCACUCUGAGUAUUUAUGUAAAUACGGUAUGUGUAUCAGUUUCGGGCAUCCAGACAAUAGCCUGCUCCUGUAGUGAGGUUUUCAUUUUGAACUGCAGAGUUAAUCUUUUAUACGUCCCGCCAACCGCUAAUAGUAUAUUAGAUAGAUCCAUUUAAAAUGUUAUUUAAGCGAAGUAUCUUUCAUCCAAAUAUCUACAUAGAUAAAUUUAACACUUCUAUAAACUCUAAUAUCCUUUAUAAAGUGUAUAAACUCCGGAAAUAAAUCCGCCGCUGAACUGUAUGUGCAACGACAUGAUGCCCCAAAUGAUGAAAUCAGCGUAUGUAUCAUAGAAUGAGAAGCAAUAAUACAGGGACAGUAAACAGACUCCGUUCUGUAAAGAAGAUUCUAUUUAGAAGUCGACCUGGGUUAUCAAGAUGUUGCGAAUUCUCAAUUCUGCAUAAAAUAGAUUACCGUCAUUGUGGAAACACAGACGUAAUGAAUUAGUUCAGGAUAAGUAAUUGCUCUUGUUCAUCAGGGUUUUAGUCAUUUGCUUUUUUUUUGUGUGUGUGUUGUGUUCAAUAUCAAUCAGUCGACGGGGUGUUUGGAGACAGACUGUUCUCGAGUCGCAGUAAAGUGAUGAAACAGCAUUUUAUGUGACUUAGACGCUCCGUCCGUUUUUCUUUUCUUUUUUUAUAUAAAAGCAGCUGCUUGUGACUUUGCUCAGCGCAGAACAAUGUUUUUGAUCAGAGGUGCGUGCGAGAGCAGUGAGACGACAUCGGCUAAUGUACUGUAACUUGGCUCACAUGAACAGCAAUAUAAGGGGGUGGCUUGUCGACUUUAACCCGAUCUAGGUCAGACUGAAAAAAAAAAAGGCAGUGUGUGCUCUACUAUUGUUUUAUCAUGCUUUGUUGAAGCUUCAUUCCAAAGCAUGUGUGUGGCACAAGUCAGCAUUUAAAAGAUUAAAUUGUUUCAGUAUAACACAUCAGCGUGCUUAACCAACUCGAGGCCCGCAGGCUGGAAUUGGCCGAUGAUGCAAUCGAAUGUGGCCCACAAUAAUAAAAGCACUGCUGCCGUUCACAGCAAACAGGUGCUCAUACUAGAACUCACGUCAAGUUUGGGGAGUCGUCCGAAAAGGAAAACAGGAAGUGAGAUUAUUUCCUACACUCACUCAAUGCUGCUGGGUUACUGGCGCCUACUCCGUGAAGGAAGUUACUGUCCCUGUGAGCAAAGUUUUCCUACUUCAGUUUUCUUGUUAGGAUUAAAUGAAAAAAAAUAUUGCUAUAUUUUUUCACACGUAACUGUGCUGCACCUUCUUUGAAAUCUGAAUUAUUUAAAGAAAGGCAAAAGGUCAAAUGUAGCCAAAGAGCAAAACAAAAAGAGCUUGCGUGUUAAAGCAUUUACCGAGUCCGAGUAAUUCUGAACCUUUUUUUUUUUUUUUUGUUACUCAAAAUUCUCAGAGAGGACUCCCAAUCGAUAUCUGUGAAACUAAAGGCAUAUCAUGUUUCAGUGUUGUAAGAUUAGUUUAUUACUACAGAGGCGCCGGUAACAGACUCCCCAAAGAGAGCGUCUAAAGCACAUCCUGGCACUUACACAGUCCACUGAACCGCUUGAGGCCCCAAAUCUUGGGAGAUGCGGGAAGUGAUCUGUCGUAGAUGAAGCCAGGUGGACCAUUUUAUAAAACAGUAGGGACAAAGCAACACUGUGGUUGUUCAUUCGCGAACCAUGUAUCCUUCAGUUUAUCUGCAUGCUACUAAACUAUAGCACAAAGCAAAUGCAUAGUUAAGAUUUAUCUAACAACAAUUCAUCCGCCUGACAAGUAUAAGCAGCUUUAAGAAGUCGGUUUAGAUAUUCGCCGUGUAGUUUAACACUCAUAAAAGUUUAAUUGACGAAUAUACUACAGUGUAAGUUUCAUUUUUCACCCAGAAUGGAUUUAAACAGAGCAAAAAAGGGGCAGGGUGACUCUCAGUGACAUUUCUUCUUAGUAUUAUUUACAAUAUUGUAUUAAGGUUUUUAUGAUAGUACUGGUAGAAACUGUUAAUGUUUUUCUUCUCUUUAUAUGAAAACAACUUUAUGCAUUUAUGUAGAAUCCUUUUUUAAGGAGUGAUAGGAAAUCCUUAUUUUAAAUGGAUGCACUUAAGCAAUUGUACCAACUUGUCGAAAUAACAUUGAGCAUUUUGAAUGUAAAAAGAAAAAGACCACUCGACUUAAUGCACUCCUUUGUCAAUUUAAGCUUUAAGUUUUAUUUUUUGAGAAGAAUUUGCGACGCGUUUUCAACUAUAUUUCAGUUCUUCCACGUACGUACAUUUAUAGAAAGUUACUUAAAAAAAUGAAAAAAAAAAUAUUACAGUUUCUCAAAUCUAUUUUGCUAACAUGGGUUAUUAUUUCAUAGAAAGCAGAGGGAAAAAAAAGUCAGUAUCUGGAUGUUAUUUAUGAAAAGUAAAAAAAAAAAUGAAGCAACAUAUUUAUGAGUAAUCGAGACAUUUUGUUUUUUAAUUAACAAGAAGUUAAUAUAUUUCUAAACAGUUGGUUUCUACAAAUGAAUGAAAUGAGAAGUUUUAUUUAUGGAAGUUGCAGCUGUUUGGUUUCUCCAAGUGCUUAAUGGUCAGUUAAGUUGACUUGGAAAACUGCGUAGCUGAAAUUUUAACUUCGGGCAUGCGCCUCCUCAACAUCUGGGAGAGGGGAUAAUUACAGAAUAUAAUAUUUUUUAGAAUUUGGAGAUAUUUUAGUCACAGAGCAUCAAUUGUGUGCCUCAAUUCUAUAUAUUUCUUUCCCUGCAUCAGCAUUCUUUCUGCAGUGCUGCUUGCUACAACUCCCUCCUUUACCACUUACCCCCCAUGUUACUGACUGAAAGACAUUACUCAUUUCCUCUGUAAUCUAAACAUGCUUUUUACUUCGCAAAUGUGACGACUGGAUCAAAAGAGGCAGCUGUGGCGAACACUUUCAUUCAUUCUUCUCUUGGUUUGUGACUGUUGGCGACAGAGCAGGAUCAGCUAUAGAGUCUUAGCGGAGGACGACGGCGUAGUAAUCUAUGUAACUACAGUAGACACACAUUUACACACAACAGAAUCAUUACUAGUUUGCAUGUAUGUUGUAUGGUCACUUAGAAAGGAGAAGCGGCUCAGGUCAUGUGACGCUGAGCGGCUUCUCCUCCUGUAGAUAGUUGAAGCCUCUUUGGAAACGUGUGUCCAUUUCAGCCCUACAAUCAGAGUUGGACUUUUUACAUACAGAUAAACACCUCAUUUGAAUUAACUUGAAUUUUCUAGCGAUAACUUGACAAAUAGCACAUUUUUUUCUGCUGCAUGUGACAGGACGGGGGCUGACAUGGCACAUGCCGAUAAACUUUUCCAGAGGGGCCGAUGCAGUCUGACAGUUUGUCUUUGGUAGCGUUUCCAAUAUUUCCAGCACAGUGAAGAUGUUUCAUACCGGUCUAAUAGUGGUAUUAGUGCAUUAGUUUUUCGGGCCAGCAUCACCUGGCAUUAGUUUCUGGUUUCUCUGUGAACAGUGAAGAAGGGGUUUGCUGACCGUCACCUUUGAUGGAUGGGAAAACAACAACAAUAAUAAUAAUAAUGAAAAAAAAAGUUUUUUGUUACAGUGUGCCAUGCCUUGUAAGGCAUGUAAUAUUGCAGGUUUAUUUCUUAUAGCACAUGAUUUUUUUGUGAAAUACAUUUUUUGAAGACAUUUUUAUGAUUAUUGUAUCUGCGCCAUGUUAGUUCUGGUUCUUUGUUAUUUUUUCAAGAUUCAAGAUGUAUUGUAAAUGUUUCUAAUAAAAGCGAAAAAAUGAACUGAUUUUGACAGAGUUUGUGCAUUGUUUUUAAAAGAGGUCGAACAAUACCAUCCUACCAUGAUCAUCUGAGGUCGGGUCGCAGGGUCUUCCCUAGACCAGAAGGGGGUCAGGAGUGCUUCUUUAAAUCUGC